CUUAAUGGCAGUCGAACACUCAUCAACGGUGCGCUAACAUCUUCAUCGAAAACUCCGUUUCAUGUUUUAAAACAAAGUAACAUUAGAACAGACAGUACGCUAGUGAAAAGCACCGCUUUCGUGUCGUAACAUCCUGCCUAAAUGUCUUUCAUAGGAAUGCCUUGAUCUUGACUUUAUAAGCACAACUUCCGCGGUUGUGUUCUAAUUAUCUAUCAAUACAAGCGAUCAAUACCACGAAUGUUCAUCAAGUUUUCGUCAUUCGAAGUAUAAGACAAUGAUAAAGACCAAACGACCACAGAAUAAUGCAACGUGAGAGGUUCGAAAAGCAGUUCUCAUCGAAGAAGUAGAACGAUAUUCACUCUUAAAGCUAAGGCUUACAAAGACAAUUCAAAAGGUGAGCGUGUUUAAAGAAACAAUGACCAAGAGAUGACCAUAUUGAAUGACGUAUCUCGUCGACAAGAAAUUACGCGUGAUAUAAAAGAAUAACCAGUUUACUCAAAAUAAAAUGAAUUCCAAUAAUACAACAGCGAAUGAAAAUGAAGACAAACGAGGAAAAACAUUUUGGAUUUUGGUUUACACUUUCAUGGCGUUUGCGAUAUUUGAAGUCUUCUGUAUAAUACUCUUCCUCGUUUACAAACAUCGAAAGAAACAAAAAGAAAAGUUGAGAAAGCGGUUGGAGAAUAUUGCAACGUCAAAUUAUGAUAAUCAUGGCAUGCAGGAAGGAAGAGAAACACCACCGCCGCACUAUGCAGAGAAUCUCGUGACGAGGGAAAGAGUAGACCCGAUAUAUAGCAGUAUACGUGUGCAUGACUCAACAUUACACUCAAGAGACAAGUUUAGUGUAAUCGAAAAUGGAUUCCAGGAAAAUUUGAUGGCCUCAAACACACGCUCGUGGUCACAAUCUUCCUGCCCGAUUAUUUUGCUUCCAAAUGAUUGCGUGAUUUUCCACGCGUCGGACUCCGAACAUUACCAUCAUCGCGUCAUUCAUUAG